CGCGCGCUCCGCGGCCCCCCGCCUCAGCCCCCGGCCUGGUGCAGAUCAUGCCGCCGCCGACGCGCGUCGCGGCGGGGAAACUGUAGCCGGGACCGGCGUCUCUCGCUCGCGGCCUCUCCCCGGCCCGCCCAGCCCGGGCGCCAGCCGCCGCGCUCCGCGGCCGGGACGUGGGCGGCGAGGUCGGCGCCGCCUGGGACGGGGGAGUGGAGGUUCCCGCCCCGGGCAGCGGCCAGGCGGCUCCGCAGCUAACGUUUUCAUGGACUGGAGAGAUGGCUUGUUGAUUAUGGAAGAUUCCCACAAGAGUAACACUUCAGAGACUGCAUCUCAGCCUGGCUCGGCAGUACCGGGGGCUCGCAUUUCUCAGAUAGUCCAUCAGGUGUCAUCUCUGUCAGAAAGCGAGGAGUCUCAGGACUCAUGUGACAGCAUAGGCCCCUCAAAGAAAGCUCACGGGAUCCUGGCCCGGCGCCCGUCUUACAGGAAAAUUUUGAAAGACCUCUCUUCUGAAGAUACACGGGGCAGAAAAGGAGACGGAGAAAAUUCUGGCCUCUCUGCUGUCACUUCUAUGUCUGUUCCGACCCCCAUCUAUCAGACGAGCAGCGGACAGUACAUUGCCAUUGCCCCCAACGGAGCCUUGCAGUUGGCCAGUCCAGGCGCAGAUGGAGUGCAGGGCCUGCAGACGUUAACCAUGACAAACUCGGGCAGUGCUCCGCAAGGCACGCUCCUGCAGUGCGCACAGACCUCGGACGGACAGCAGAUACUUGUCCCGACCAACCAGGUGGUUGUGCAGACUGCAUCAGGAGAUAUGCAGACUUACCAGAUCCGCACCACACCGUCUGCUACGUCACUUCCACAGACCGUGGUGAUGACAUCGCCUGUGACUCUUACGUCCCAGACAACGAAGACAGAUGACCCCCAACUGAAGAGAGAAAUACGGCUGAUGAAAAACAGAGAGGCUGCCCGGGAAUGCCGCCGGAAGAAGAAGGAGUACGUGAAGUGCCUGGAGAACCGCGUGGCCGUUCUGGAAAAUCAAAACAAAACCCUAAUAGAAGAGCUGAAGACCCUGAAGGAUCUUUAUUCUCAUAAAAGUGUUUGAUUCUUUAAAGAGAAAGUAUUUUUGUGGACUUCCUUAAAAAUUAGGUGGAUUUUUUUUUUUUUUUUUUUUUUUUUUUUGUGUGUGUGUGUGUGUGUGGAGUCCUGUAAAUUCAAAAGUCAAAGCAGCCACUUUGUGUUAGGUUCUUACAGUGCAGAGGUGGCGGAGGCUGAGUGGAAGCGACCUUCAGGGGGCUGCUGGCACAGCCGGGAGCUCAGAAAGGAGAAGGUGAUAAAGCAGGCGAUUCCCGCCAAGUCUGGGUUCUCACUGUUUUUCAAGACAUGCCUUUUUCGUGUGUGUGUGUGUGUGUGUGUGUUUCAUUUCUGCCAAUAAAUUUUAAAUUACAAAUGUAAAAGCAAGCAUAACGUUACUAAGUGUGUAAAUUAUGGGGGCUGUUGUACUGUCUGUCAGGUGUGCUAAAUGAGCUAACCUUUGGUUUUGUUGGACGGGUUUGAGAAGCAUCCUAAAAGGCAUAGAGGUACAAGAUCCUACAGUGGUCUGUAACAUUCUUAUCGGAAUGGAAAGAGACUGUCUGCAAGUUUGAUAGUUUUAAAUAGUUCUUUGCCUCCUCUGAUGAGGGCAAUUUUCACAAGUAUAUGAUAAAUUCGCUUUUUGAUUCUCUAACCCUGUAUGCAGUUGAAGAUCCUUACUUCCUCUUUUGUGCUUUAAUGGAAUGAAGUGUUUACAAAAGCCCUUAAAAUGUUUUAAAUAGCCUGAAGAUGCACAACAAACCAAAGCUUUCCCGAGAGGAAUUUCUAAUCCUCUUCCCAUAAGGCUCAUCGGUUCUAAAAUAGUUACUGAGGCAACUUUACAUUGAGACGCUGUGUAAUGUCGCCUGUGGUACCUUUAUAAGAGAAGUGACUGCCGAUAUAUUUUUAUAGUGAAUCUUUAUAAAUUCUAAUGUUGAGUUUUUAAUGAUUAUUUUAAAUGUUUAUAUAGUUUGUUUAGUAAAAGAGUUUGUAUCUGAAAGUAUCAUUUUUAUAUUAUGAGAAGAGUAAAGUUUUCAAUUGGCUGGUAUUUGAGCGUGUGUCCUCUAUAAAGCCUCUGUAGAGCUCAAGCUGCGGUCAGUGCGCCAGCGUCUAACCUCUAUGUUCUAAUCUGCGUACACUGGAACUGUACUGCAGAACUGUUUUGCGCCCGCACAGUUGUUUCAUAUCGCCUAUGAGAUUAAAGAACAUUUGAUAAAA